UAUAUAAUGUUCACAAACCUCCACCAAAAAAAUAAUAAUAAUAAAUGUUCACAAACACAAAAAUGACAGCGGCUUAGACAAUCUAUUGAACGUUCAAUUAAAUAUUUUCAGCACCUUCUAGUCCCCUGAAUAUCGUUGUACUUCCACGACUGAAAGCUUCGAAAGCUCAUAGUUCAGCAAAAGAGUUGAAUCAAAAGGUAAUCAUCACUUGCAGUUAUCGUUGUAGCAAUAACUACCACGAUCUGUCUUAACAUUUUUACACAUCUCAGAUGGCGAACAGAGCAGAAAUUCCUACUAGCAACUCAGCACUUAUUGCUAUGAUUGCUGAUGAGGACACAGUUGUGGGAUUUCUGCUGGCUGGAGUGGGUAAUGUUGACUUGAGGAGAAAAACAAAUUAUCUUAUAGUAGAUUCAAAAACUACUGUGAAACAAAUUGAAGAUGCAUUCAAGGAAUUCACUUCAAGGGAUGAUAUAGCAAUUGUGCUGAUUAGCCAAUAUGUAGCAAAUAUGAUAAGGUUUUUGGUAGAUAGCUACAACAAGCCUGUCCCUGCAAUUCUAGAGGUUCCUUCAAAGGACCAUCCUUAUGAUCCUGGACGGGAUUCAGUACUUUCACGGGUCAAGUACUUGUUCUCUGCUGAAUCAGUGGCUUCUGGAAGGCGCUGACAGUUUCGUUGUUGGCCCUCUAUAUGUACAUUAAAGAGUUGCUCACCUUUCUUCAUACUGGUCUUGCUUUCGUCUCCUGUUCCUUCAAUCCUAUUUCCGUCUGUGUUUUGGAGGUAUUACUUAACCUUGUGGUUUAAAUAAAUGAUAAUGAAAAGAGAGAGAGAGAGAGAGAGAGAGAGAGAGAGAGAGAGAGAUGUAGUCAUAAUAACUGGGCGGCAGUUAAUAACUCUGCUUUCUUAUUGGUUUUUGGGUUGCCAUCUUGGUCACGGAUAGUCUCUCCUUCAUGUAGUUGUUUGCAUAAUUCCUAUUUCUUCCUAUAUAAUUUCCAGGGAUUAAAUAUAUGCAUGCUUGUCCGCUUGAUAAAA